AUGUACGCCCCGCUACGCCUGCCGAGGGCCUUGGUCGUCGGCGUCGGUACCGGCAACGGGCGACAGGACUACCUCUUCAAGGUCGUCGACACCUCGAGCAACCUGAUCUGGAUGAAGUGCAAGGGGUGCGACCCGCACUCCCCGCAGCGCCACCGGCUCUUCGACAAGACGGCCUCGCCGACGUUCCGCCUCGUCCCGGGCACCGACCCGUUCUGGCAGCCGCCGUACUGGUCCGAGUUCAACGGGCAAGCGUGCGCGUUCCGCGUCGACGGCCCGAGGGAACGACGGGUCAUCGGCGCGACGGCCGUGGCUCGCGGGCUGACGCGGUUCUCGUACUGCCUCUUCCAUGGCGGCGGCGACGCGAACCGCCGCCGCCAGGGCUUCCUCCGAUUCGGCACCGACGUCCCGCGCAACCCGCGCUACAGAACCACCAAGAUCCUGCCGGCGCUCGGCGCCCGGAACGAGUCGUCGGGGCACUACGUUCGCCUCGUCGGCGUCAGCCUCGGCGCCCGCAGGCUCGACGGGAUCCGACCGGAGAUGUUCGCCCGCCGCGACGACGGGCAAGGCGGGUGCGUGAUCGACCUCGUCACGCCGCUGACGGUGAUGGCCCGGGAGGCGUACGACGUCGUCGAAGCGGCCGUGUGGUCGGACCUUGCGCACUACGGGGCGGAGCGGGUGGAGCUCUCCGGCUACGGCCUCUGCGUCCGAGCAUCGUCCGAGGCGAUGAAGGGGCGCCUCCCGUCGCUGUCGCUUCACUUUCCCGAGGAGGAGGCGGCGCUGGUGGUCUCGCCGGAGCAGCUGUUCCUGAUGGCGGAUGACGAGGAGCAGGGGCGGAUCGCGUGCCUUGCCAUGAAGCCGGGACGCCGAACCGUCAUCGGCGCAUUGCAGCAGGUGGAUACGCGGUUCGUCUUCGACCUCAAGGACUCCAAGCUUUCCUUUGCAUCGGAGUUGUGCAUCCAGGACACCGUCCAAGACGUUUAG